AUGUCGAAGCAGAAAACAGAAAAUAUCAGCUCAGUCCCCAUCGACGGAUUCAGCAAUUUAAGAAUAACGUCGAUAUGGACGUUUCUUGCGUCCGUGCAGUGGUCGGAGCCUUGGCUCAUUGGGCUCUUGGUGUUUCAUGCUGUGUGUUUGAUCCUGACUGUAGUGACCUGCAGGUUCUACAGAGCCCAGAUCUGUCACUUUCUGCUCAUUGUUGGCCUUGUUUACAGUGCUGAAUAUCUAAAUGAGCUGGCAGCCAUGAACUGGAGGUCUUUUUCUAAGUUCCAGUACUUUGACUCCAAAGGCAUGUUUAUAUCGCUCGUUUUCUCUAUUCCUCUCCUGCUCAACGCAGUCGUCAUUGUGAUGGUGUGGGUGUACAGGACCUUUUCCACCAUGACUGAACUCAAGACGCUUCAGCUAAAGAGAAAGGCCCGUCGGGAGAAGAGAGAAAAGACUGACUGAUCCCACUCUAUGUCCAUACAUGGACCUCAUUUGGAAGAAUUAAGAAUCUCUGCUAAUCCUGACUUUUGGAAAAGGGAAGCAGAUUUCUUGUGACUUAAAAGGGAUUGUUAUGGCGUUAAUACCAGAUAUUGGUGUCUUUAUGCUGUAGUAAGUGUAACGUUAACACUAUGGGAGGUGGGACGACCAAAGAGGUUUGUUGUUUUGUAUUUGUUGUUUCCAGAUGUGUUCAAAUGCAAGAUAAAGAUUUUAUUUUGUUUUGGUGACUUGUAGUUUGCUGUUUAACCUAAGGUUGAAAGUUUAGAUUUAAAAUGAGAGGGAGAAAACAAAGUUGUGUUUUUUUUUUUUUUUUUUUUUUACAGGCAAAUGCCAGAUCAUACAAAUACAAUACAUUAUUAAAAAGCAAGAUGCAGAAAUGUCAGUUUAUUAACAUUUUAAUAUUCCAGCGUAUUCUCUGAUGUUCUCUGCACAUUUCACAGGGAGUAACUGAAUCAGGUGCCUUUCACUGCAGACAGACUAAAGUAAAGAACCAGUGGACACACAGUUGGUGAAGUUGUACAAUAAAAGAUGAUUAUUUGAAACAAACAUUACCACAAUUCAUCCAUUUUAUUUUACCUGCUUUUCCUUUUUUGGGUCACUUUGAGGCUGAGGA